AUGCCACAACAGAAGACUGACAAAAAAUCAGGUCCAAUAAUAAACUUGGUAGCAGGUGGUACAGCAGGUCUAUUUGAAGCCCUAUGUUGUCAUCCAUUAGACACAAUAAAAGUUAGAAUGCAAAUAGCAAGAAGAUCAGCAAAUAUAAAACCACAUGGUUUCAUCAAAACAGGUAAUUUAAUCUAUUCACAAGAAGGAUUCUUAGCUUUAUAUAAAGGCCUCGGUGCUGUGGUCAUGGGUAUCAUACCAAAAAUGGCAAUUAGGUUCUCUUCUUAUGAGUAUUAUAGAUCUGCAUUGACCAACAAAGAAACUCAAACCAUCUCCACGGGGAAUACUUUCAUAGCUGGUGUCGGGGCAGGUAUCACAGAGGCGGUAUUAGUUGUAAACCCCAUGGAAGUAGUCAAAAUUAGAUUACAAUCUCAACAUAUCCCUGUAACAGCUCCAGCAGUUACAGCUACUAGUGCUGUGUUAAGUAGUGGUGGUACAGCAGCUGCAACUGGAACAGCCGCCGCAGUGGGUUCUGCUCCAAAAUACACCAACGCAAUUCAUGCUGUUUAUACAAUCGUUAAAGAAGAAGGUGUUUCAGCUUUAUAUAGAGGUGUUUCAUUAACCGCAGCAAGACAAGCUACAAAUCAAGGUGCUAAUUUCACUGUAUAUUCUCAAUUGAAAGAUUAUUUACAAAAAUAUCAUAAAGUGGAAAGUUUACCAUCUUGGGAAACUUCAUUAGUAGGUCUUAUUUCAGGUGCCAUUGGGCCCUUCUCAAAUGCUCCACUAGAUACUAUAAAGACAAGAUUACAAAAGGAUCAUUCAUUAUCUUCCAAAAAUCAUUCGGCAUGGAAAAAAAUUACAAUUAUUGGUACUCAAUUAAUUAAAGAAGAAGGGUUUAGAGCUUUAUAUAAGGGUAUCACUCCAAGAGUAAUGAGAGUGGCACCAGGUCAAGCUGUGACAUUCACCGUUUAUGAAUUCGUAAGGAAACAAAUGGAAAAAUAUGAUUUUUUUAAACCAGCAGGUGCUUCAUCAAAACCAUCAAGUAAACCACUCAAAUAA